ACCAUGUGCUCCUCUCACCUCCCUCUCUCUCUCUCUCCUCCCACAGACGAAAACAUAGUUCUCUGUCUAAUUUCUCUUCUCUCAUCAGAGGAAGAAGAACAAACCAGAAGCAAUGGCGAAGGACGUGGCGGAACAAGGGUCGUUCUCCGGCAAGGAUUACCACGAUCCACCGCCGGCUCCGGUGUUCGACACGGCGGAGCUGGGGAAGUGGUCUUUCUACAGAGCUGUGAUCGCAGAGUUCAUAGCGACUCUUCUCUUCCUCUACAUCACCGUCUUGACCGUCAUCGGCUACAAGAGCCAGACCGACGCCACCCUCAACGCCGGUGCUGAUCAGUGCGGCGGUGUCGGAAUCUUGGGUAUUGCUUGGGCCUUCGGUGGCAUGAUCUUCAUCCUCGUCUACUGCACCGGCGGAAUCUCUGGAGGGCACAUAAAUCCGGCGGUGACCUUCGGGCUGUUGCUGGCGAGGAAAGUGUCGCUGGUGAGAGCAGUGAUGUACAUUGUGGCUCAAUGCCUUGGAGCCAUCUGCGGUGUGGGUUUGGUCAAAGCCUUCCAGAGCUCUUAUUACAGCCGCUACGGCGGCGGAGCCAACUCCUUGGCCGAUGGUUACAGCGUCGGAGUCGGCGUCGGGGCUGAGAUCAUCGGUACCUUCGUCCUCGUCUACACAGUCUUCUCUGCCACUGACCCCAAGAGGAACGCCCGUGACUCUCACGUGCCGGUACUGGCUCCACUGCCAAUUGGGUUUUCUGUGUUCAUGGUUCACUUGGCCACAAUUCCGAUCACUGGCACUGGCAUCAACCCUGCGAGGAGUCUUGGAGCCGCUGUCAUCUACAACCAAGAGAAAGCUUGGGAUGAUCAUUGGAUCUUCUGGGUCGGUCCAUUCGCGGGUGCAGCCAUUGCAGCAUUCUACCAUCAGUUUGUGCUGAGGGCUGCUGCAGCCAAGGCUAUCGGUUCAUUCAUGAGCCAAUCUCACGUUUGAUUUGGAUUCUCUCAAUUGAUUUGUUGAAAAAGCAUAAAAUCAAUAAAUAAAUCGAAUGUAUAAUUAAAUUGGAUGGUGGAGAUAUGAGCUAUUAUACUUAUCAUUGGGUUUGAGUGAGAUUUGUAGCAUAUAUGCGAAGUCAUGAUGUUAUCGUUACUAUGUGCUGUUUGAUCCUCUCUCGAUCAUUUAUAUAUACCAUGUCGAUGUUUUUUAAUUA